CAUGCAUUCUGCAUUUGGUAAAAGAACCACUAUCUUAAAACAAUGUUUACCCUAUAGUUACAGGGUAAAUAUACAAAGUACGAUUAGUCCGGACAUAGAACAAAACAUCUGAAUACUUUAUUCCCAGAGGGCUUUUUUUUUUUUUGUUUUUGUGUUUAAAAAAGAAGAGAAGAAAACAUAAGAAAAGAAUAGAGUCUAGAGCAAUCGUUAAACAGGAGUCUGCGGGGGUAUCCAAUAUCCACAAUCAUUUUAGAUUUUAUCCCUGACUUGAUAGUUGAAACCAAAGGGGGUUGUCGGAAAUCUACCACCUUUACCAUCCUGUUCACCAUAUCAUCAAGAGUAAGAAAAUGGAAGGCGGCGGAGACGGCAGCAAGAAAGGGUUGGAAGGCACAGGCUUGGAUCUGCCGCAGAAUAAGCAUGGAAACUUGAAGAGUGCUUCAAGCGAUCAAAAUCUCAGGGACCUUCUUCUUCAUAUCAAGUCCUCUAAAACCUCUACAGUUAUCAAUUACGGAGCCUCAUGGUGCGGUGUUUGUAGUCAGAUUCUCCCUGCAUUUUGCCGGUUGAGCAACCAGUUUCCCAAGCUCUCUUUCAUAUAUGCAGACAUUGAUGAAUGCCCGGAAACCACACAGCACAUUCGUUACACUCCUACAUUUCUUUUUUAUCGAGAUGGUGAAAGGGUGGAUGAGAUGUUUGGUGCUGGAGAAGAGCGCCUCCAGGAUCGCUUGUGGUUACAUUCCUGAAGAAUUACGCUAGUGCGUUUCCUGGAUAUCUCCCUUCUCAAAUUAUGUGAAUCUGCUGUCUUUGAAUUAUUGAACUUCACUUUGACUUUAGUUGCUUUCUACUGACUAUUGACUCUUCAUUUUGCUGAGUGAUAUUCUAUAUACGAGCAUAUGGCUUCCCAAAUG